AUGGAUUUAAUGAAUCGUGUCUUCAAGCCUUACUUGGAUGAGUUUAUAGUAGUGUUUAUCGACGACAUCCUCAUUUAUUCAAAAGAUACGGAAGCUCAUGAAAGCUAUCUUUGUUUAAUUCUUCAGACACUUCGAGACAAGAAAUUGUAUGCAAGGUUGAAGAAAUGUGAGUUCUGGCUACAUGAAGUGGGGUUCUUGGGACAUAUUAUAACGAAGGAGGGCGUUUCUGUUGACCCACACAAGAUUGAAGCUAUUGUGAAUUGGCCAACCCCCACUAAUGUGACCGAGAUGCGUAGUUCCUUGGGAUUAGCAGGGUACCACCGAAGGUUUGUUAAAGACUUCUCCAAAAUUGCCGUACCACUUACCCAAUUGACUCAGAAUGGUGUUUUGUUUGAAUGGUCAGAACAGCGGGAAUCUGCCUUUCAGGAAUUGAAAACAAAAUUAACUACAGCACCGAUUCUUUCCUUACCAUCGGGUACCGAAGGAUUUGUGAUCUACAGUGAUGCUUCUUAUAAAGGGAUAGGUUGUGUACUCAUGCAAAAUGGGAGGGUCAUUGCCUAUGCCUCUUACCAACUUAAACCCCAUGAAAAGAACUACCCCACACAUGAUCUUGAGCUAGCAGCGGUGGUCUUUGCUUUAAAAAUAUGGUGA